CCGCCGACGGCCUGUGCGCCCGCCUGCUCCGCGCGCACGCCAAGCACCAGGAGGCCGUGUUCGGCGACCUGCCCUACCAGGGCUCGCUCGUCACCCUGCCCAUGGACGUGACCCGCGAGGACGUCCUGCACGAGGCCAUGGACGUCAUCCGGAGGCACCUGCCCGCCGGCCACGAUGGUUUGCACGCGGUGAUCAACACGGCGGGGCUGUGCUCGCGGGGCCGGCUCGAGCUGCAGGAGAACACGCACUGGGACGCCAUGCUCAAGGUGAACGUGGUGGGCGCCUUCCGCACAGCCAGGACCUUCCUGCCGCUGCUCAGGAGCAACAAGGGUCGCCUCCUCAACGUGGGCGCCCCCGGCGCGCUGAGCGGGGCCGCGGCGGGCGCCGGCGCCGUGGCCUACACGGCUGCCCGCUACGCCGUGGAGGGCGCCACCAACGCGCUGCGCACCGAGAUGGAGCCCCUGGGCGUGUCCGUCAUCAGCCUGCAGCCCCCGGAGGGCGCCACGGGCGAGGCGCUGUUCCAGCCGCCGAGGGAAGGCGUGGAGCACCACGACGUGCUGGGCUCGUCGGCGCUGCGCGGCGUGGAGGAGGCGCUGCUCUGCGAGAAGCCCAAGCCGCGCUACCAGCUGCGCGAGCGCGUCGGCCUGCUGCGCACCGUCAUCGGCGGCACCAGGGCCUAAGGCAGCAGCGUGCUGUGCCGCCCGACCGGGAAAUGUCUCUCGGCGAGGGGAAAAACGAGACUUUACCUUCUGGUAGAGACUGUCUUUUAGGGGACUGUCUAACAGAGAAGAGAGCGGCCGCCAGGAGGCGAGUGCCGCGCCCCGCGAUCGCUCUCUUCCGAAAGACUUAACUUACCCUUUUGCCCCCCGCCGACAGGGAAUUUUUCUACGCGAAGGGGGUGCCAGCACUGCGGCUGCUCUGCUGUUCGGGAUCCGCGCCAUUCGCCAGUCAACAAACAGUCGCGUAGUGAAGCAGAGGGAUGGGAUUCAACACUUUUUUCUCUCCUCUUGCUCGUCCUGCUCGAGUCGUCGGGCCCCCUUUCUGUCUUCUGUGAAGACUCCGAUCUCUUUGAGCAAAGGCCCGAUCGCGCUGCUGUCGUGUGGGAAGCGCGGGCUCAGGACGUUAUUCACACAUUUGUAAUUCUCGUAUAUGUUUUUUGCUCAUGUAUCUUAUGCCAUUUGCCUCGAAAUGAGGCUGGAAUUGUAAACGACAUGAUAGACCAUGAGCCGCUCGCGACAUUGUGCCACUUGUUUAACAUGGACAGAGACGACGAAAGACUGAAGAACUAAUUAUUAAUAUUUAGCUGUUAUAUUUUAUGUGUGCUGGAAUGUUUCACAUAGCAGCAAUAUAUGCAUUUUUUUUUUUAAAGAAAAGGCUCAAACGAAACAGCGCACUAAAUAUUAAGGUUGAGUUGGUCUCUGUAUCAUAAACCUCAGUAUGCCAUUGAUACAAAUAUGUCCAAUAAUAUGAUUUUAUAGUACAAUAAAUAUAUUAUUUUCACAACGUU